AUGGUCCUCUUCUUCGAAUCGAGGGCUCUCGACCCGCCGGUCACGAUCUAUAUGGGCAUCGACAAAUUUGAGAACGAGGAUCUGCUCAAGUAUGCUUUCGAGGAGGACGUGUGGUUCCACGUUGACAAGCUAUCCAGCGCACACGUCUACCUGCGCAUGCCUCAGGGCAUGACGUGGGAGGCCAUACCGGCAGCCUUACUUGAGGAUCUCGGGCAGCUGACCAAGGCAAACUCGAUACAGGGGAACAAGGAGAAGAACACACAGAUCAUCUACACGCCUGCGGCCAAUGUGAUGAAGCGGGGCGACUUUGCCACGGGAACGGUGUCCUUUCAUAGCCAGCACAAGGUCAAGCGCUAUCUCGUCAAAGAGCGUGAAAAUGCUAUAGUCAAUCGGCUCAACAAGACGAAGAAGACUGUUCAAGUCGAUCAUGAGGCUGUUAGACAAGAUAGAGAAAGGCAGAAGGGACGUGAAAAGAAGGCAAAGGCUACGGAAGAGCGUAACGCUCGUCUUGCAGAGGAGAGGCAGCGCGAUGCCGACCGUAAAGCACGCGACUACUCAAGCUGUAAGUGGCCACGCCUACUCGCGAGCUACCGUAACGUGCACUCCGCUCAUAGCUCUCUCGCGCCGUCACUUCUCACCCAGUGUAUUCGAGCGAGGCAAUUGAGGAGAGCAAGGCAGCCAAGCGGUACGAGAAGGAUCGUGCAGCGCGAGCCAAGGCGGAAGCUAAGGCGGCCGGAGAUACGGCGGCAGAUGAUGAGGAAGACGAGGGUGAUGAGAGUGACGAUAGCGCAGGAUCAUUCAUGUAGCGACUGA